GCACAGUCGGAAUCGGAAUCCCAUUUGUGCUUGGACUUAGCUGUAAGGAGGCAACAUCAUUUGCUGCACGUUGAGUCGUAUACAAGUCCCAGCAGGAGCAGGAGCGGGGGCAGGAGCGGGGACAGGGGCAGCAGGAACAUCAACAGCGACAGCCGUGUCCGGCUCCUUGGAGCUUCUUCGGGUGGCCAGGCUUGGCCACGUUUUUAUGUACUUUUAAGUGUGCAAUUAAAGGUCAAUUGCCGGUUGGGUCGUGGCACCGCGGAGAGCACGUCGGAGGAAGAGCUGCUGUAUCCCAUAAAAAGGACGUCUGUGCGGACUGCGGAGGGCGCACAGAAGAUACAUCCCAAAAUUACGAGUAAACCGUUUCGAACAUGAAGAAUCUGAUUGAAUACAAGGCCGGUCUGAUGGUCCUCCGAGCCGGAAUGUUCGAGCCGGACAGCCGCAAGGGUCUGCUCUACGUGUGCCUCAUGGAGACUGAGAUCCACAUCUGCUGGAAGGAUCGCCGGACGGACCGAGUCGAGCUGGACAUUCUGGCCGUGCCGGGUGUGCCGCGCUUCCAGCGCGUCAGCCAGGUCAACACGGGGCGUGUGUAUGUCCUGAGGUUCGAGGGCGCCAGGGAGCGCCACUUCUUUUGGAUGCAGGAAGCGUUUCCUGAACGCGACGACGACUUCUGUCGGCGCUUCAACGAGCUGAUUGUGGCUUCCAAAGAGCCGGAGCCUCCGAAGAUCGAACUCCUUGAUCCUGACUAUCCUCGCGGCGGUGGCGGCAGUGAUGUCCCUGCUCCUCCGCCACCUGGCAAGCUCGGCGCUCUGGCGAGGGGUGUCGUGGGAUUUCUGGGCAAAGUGGGCAACAGCAUGUUCGAGCUGGUAAAAAACGCUUUGGUCCCCGAGGGGCAGGCGCCCGAGUCCUUCUUGGAUCCCGAUUUGCGACAGCCUGAAAGUCUGGCCACCACGAUGCGCCGCCAAAUGAGCAGCUCCCUUGAGCUGAUGGACUUUUCGCCGGAGAGCCUGCACCGCCUGAUGGCCCGCCUGCCAAUGGACUCCGACCGCGAAGUGAUCGAGAGCCAGGCCGCGGCCACGGGUGUCCCCGAGGCAGUGGCUGACACCCUGAAGAUGGGCCUGGUGGCCGACCAUGUGCGCUCGGUGCAGUUCUACGAGGCCCUCUUGGAGUUUGAGUCCGCAUUUCAGCGGUGCCAGCUCGUCGGGAGCCUCGAGGCGCUGUCCCUGGGGCCCGCGGCCCUGAGAGCGGCUCUCGACGGCGACUUCGAGGGAUUCCUGUCGAUCCUCAAUGAGCCCGGCGCGUUCAUAGAAGAGCAGGAGGAUGCCAAUUGA